AUGUUCCUAUCAGAAGUUUCAUGGAGUAACGGCAAUUUUGAUGAGCCGAAACUUGAUAUUAUUUUGCGUACAUGUGCGGAAUCUUUGGCUGAGAGUAUCAACCUGAUGAAAGAAAAGUUGCAUGCACCUCAUGAGGCUUUGGAUGAUUACCUGAGGAAGAAGUUCGGGGUAGCAGCAGUGCCGUCAAACAAAGGCGUGCAACACGUGGAGAACCCGUACACGGGUCAACAGCAACCCUCACAGCCGACAGCACCGUCGGACGGUGUCGACAGCGGUUUGGAGCCUUCGCCACGCCAGGGUCCUUCCCAUUCGAGGUCCGACAGCGACAGUGACAGCGACAGAGACUAUGUACGACCCGCACCGCCGUCGUCAUUCGGGAAACCGGGGCCCGGAAAUGACGAUGACGAGCCGACGAUCAUUGUGACGACUUCCACGAAGAAGACGACCACGUUUCCCCCAUACACCACGACGACCACCACGAGCACCACUACUGAAAAGACCACAACAAUUCCUCCUAAUGAGGCUUUGGACGAUUACCUGAGGAAGAAGUUCGGGGUAGCAGCAGUGCCGUCAAACAAAGGCGUGCAACACGUGGAGAACCCGUACACGGGUCAACAGCAACCCUCACAGCCGACAGCACCGUCGGACGGAGUCGACAGCGGUUUGGAGCCUUCGCCACGCCAGGGUCCUUCCCAUUCGAGGUCCGACAGCGACAGAGACUAUGUACGACCCGCACCGCCGUCGUCAUUCGGGAAACCGGGGCCCGGAAAUGACGAUGACGAGCCGACGAUCAUUGUGACGACUUCCACGAAGAAGACGACCACGUUUCCCCCAUACACCACGACGACCACCACGAGCACCACUACUGAAAAGACCACAACAAUUCCUCCCAGAUUUUGUGCUUUGGUGAAGGGCGCUGAAACUUAUCGGAUUAUGGAAGGAUCGACAGUUAGGCCAGGGGGAACCCCCGCGGGUUGUGCCGCGCCCUGGACUGCGUGGACCGCCAGGGCUGCUACACCCUCAGUGCGCCCUAUGAGCAUGGCGCCCCUGCUUACCAGGCUUAUCGCGGCAAGUGCAUCUGCUACUCUGGCGCCUUCAUCUGCACCAAGCCCGACAAAAACGGCGUGUCGACUCAUUCUCUACAACUCCACAGAAGAGAACCUUAUUUUGCAAGCCAGGUCUUUGGACUUUACCGAUGAGCUCUUGGUGAAUGGGACGGUGCCUAGUGCGAUCCUCUGGCGAGAAAGGAAUGAAUGUACACCUGCUCUGGAAAGCCUAAAGGAGCUGAUCAAUCGGCCGGAUCCUCGGAUCCGCAACACUCCAGCUCUAUCCAUGCUCAAGCUGGCGGACGUGGAAGUGAGGAUCCCGGCCAUGUCCAACGGCGGCGCGACGCCGGGGCUCGUGGCAGGCGCCUUGCUUGCCACCAUUGCCGCCGCCGCCGUCGCCGUCCACGCCCCACCGGGCGCCACUUGACAACCCUGAAAUCCCUUCGUCGUCGGCGGCAGGUCCUUUUGCAAUAAAUAAAAAAAAAUGCAAAAGGCAGCGCUUUGUCCUUGUAAAGUUCAUUCAACUCGUUCCGACUUUGUGGACAAACCAAGUGAAUAUUAUGAUGGCGAACGGGGCGACGGAGGGAUUCUUUUUUUAAAUUUUAGUUUUCUUGUGCAUUUUUUUGUUUUGUUUUGAAAGCUCUGCGGGCAACUCGGAGAGAAAAAUUGAUAUCCCGCCGCAAUCCAAGUCUUCCGAGGAAAGUUUCCGUGAUUUCCUGAACGAUUCGUUCUGCGUUAUGAGCAAGGUGCGUUGUUGGAAAUCGCCCAAAGACCUCACUUUUUUUCUGGGGGUUUAAAUGUGGGCGGGGAAGCGAGAGAAAAUGAGGUUCGUGUAUCUCCAUGAACCGAAUAAGAAAGUUCGUUUUGCUUUUUUUUCUUUUCUUUUUUGUCUUCAAAUAUCUUCGGCACACAUUGUUUCUUGUCCAAAGUAAACGAGAGAGAGAGAGAGAAAAAAAAUCAGCUCAACUUUUUCGCAGAUUCCUUGUUCAAUCUUCGACUUCCAAGUUGCAUAUCUGAAAGUCAGAGCGAGAGAGAGAGAGAGAAAGAGAGUUUGAGACCCCGUUUUUCUUCACCUCAUGCGCCACUUCUGAGAUCUUUUCGGAUCGAAGCUUGCCUU